UUAGAGAGUAUGUAUGUAUGUCGGGAGCGAUCAGCUGAGGAGGAAAACAGCAAGAGGGAAGACCAGCCAUGCCCAGGGUACCGUACAGGGAUGUCUCUCCUUUCCUGCGAUAUGUUCGCAACUUACUUCUCGGGCGUGAACACAACAGCGCUCUGCGUCAAGCAGACAUUAUGGCUUGUCGUUCACAACCUCCUCCAAAUUUACCACCAGGCGUGAGUGCCAAACUUGCUAAUAAUUAUUACUACAUGCGUGAUGGCCGUCGAGAUGUUCAACCAGUUGAAGUCUUGGCUAUUAAUUCCUCAAGUGGACCCACCAAACUGUUAUCUGAUACUCCAGAGACAAAGGAUGCAGUUGCUGUCAUUGUCAAGAAGCCAAAAACUCCUGGAGAUGUGUUUGAAUAUGGCAUAAUAAACUGAUACUGUAGAUAAUACUUUGGAAUCCCAAUAUUUGUACAGCAUGUAAAUUACAUUAGAUAAAUCAUA